AUAUCUGCCCUUUCUCUUUCCCUUUGCUCUCUUUGUCUUUGUUCUUACUCUUGUUGUUAUUAUUAUACAAAGCACACGAAGAAGAGAUCGUUGCAUAUUCGAUCAAAAGAGUAGUUGCUUUAUUCUGCUUUAAAGUUUCCUUUGUCAUUUUUUCUUCUUUGAGAAAACUGAACAAGUGGGUAAUAAAUUUAUAGUUUCAAUUUAAGAAGAAUGAUGUUGAAAAUGGAUUUCGAAUCGCAGAAGAAUAAUUACAGGGUGUUCGGGAACAUGGCUUUGGUUGUUCCGAAGGAGCUUGAAGAACUUGACAAGCCUUCUUCUUUGUCGUCUCCAAGGCCUUUUGAGGUCCGAUUUCAAGUCCCCGAUUUCGGGGUUCCCAUUCGGGAUUUCUUGAGGACUAGGGAAGUUGGUGAGUUUCUUAGUGGAGCUUUAGCAGGGGCUAUGACUAAAGCUGUUCUCGCUCCUCUAGAGACCAUCAGGACCAGAAUGGUGGUUGGUGUAGGAUCCAAAAACAUUUCUGGUAGUUUUAUUGAGGUCAUUGAGCAGCAAGGUUGGCAAGGACUGUGGGCUGGAAAUGGAAUUAAUAUGCUUAGAAUAAUUCCCACCCAAGCAAUUGAGCUUGGAACAUUUGAGUGUGUCAAGCGAGCAAUGACAACAGCAAAAGAGAAAUGGAAACAGAAUGAAAGCCCGAAACUGCAAAUUGGUCAUGUUAAUGUCAACUUUUCUCUUUCCUGGAUUUCUCCAGCUGCUGUGGCUGGUGCAGCUGCUGGAAUUGUUAGUACACUUGCAUGCCAUCCUCUUGAAGUUCUCAAGGAUAGGCUGACUGUCAGUCCUGACAUUUACCCUAGCUUGAGCAUUGCAAUUAGCAAGAUUUACAAGGAUGGCGGGGUUGGUGCCUUUUAUGCUGGUUUUACUGCUAGCACCAUCAGCUUUCCCUUGGAAGUUGCGAGAAAACGGCUGAUGGUGGGAGCUUUGCAGGGUAAGUGUCCACCAAACAUGGCAGCAGCUCUUGCUGAAGUCAUUCGGGAUGAGGGCUUGAUGGGUCUUUAUAGGGGUUGGGGUGCUAGCUGUUUGAAAGUAAUGCCUUCCUCUGGAAUCACCUGGAUGUUUUACGAAGCUUGGAAAGACAUAUUGCUUGUUGAGAAGCGCAUGUUAUGAUGGCUUCAGCAAAACUUGCCAUAGCUAACUAGUUGAGAAUGAUGUUGGGCUCCUCUCUUGAAAGUGCAAGUGGAGGGUAGUGGAGUCAGGGUUGUUUAUGGAAUGAUCUGGAAUGAAAUGCAAAGGGGCUGAUGGUAUUUAUGAGUAUGGGCUGCCAGUUUUUAUCUCGAUGACCUGGCAACUUUUACGGAAUUUCUGUUAUUUAGUUCUAAAGAAUCACUAGGUGAGCUUCAAUUUUGGGGCUGCAUUGAAUAUUCACAUGUACCAACAGGUAUCUUAUAUCACAUGACAACUAGUAUAAAAUUUUUUGACCAAUUUGGUCUCUUGUUUUUGGCAAA